GCACGCGCACCUCUCUCACUGGAAAACGUGCACGAGAGGAGAGCAAAGCACUCGCUCCUCACUCCCCACCAUGACCAAUUUAAAUCAUCCUAACUGUCAAUAAUUAUGACUUUUGAGCGCUUUCCUAGGAUCAUUUGAACUUUCGUAGCGACAGACAUGGAGGCUGUGAGCGCAUGGAGCCCCCAGCAAGUCCUGGAAUGGAUGACAGGUCUGGACGACAGCCUCCAGCAGUACCUCCCAGCCUUUAGGUGGCAGCGGGUGGACGGCGAGAAGCUCCUGAAGAUGACUCACCAGGAACUGACAACAAUGGGCGUGGUCAAGGUCGGACAUCAGGAGCUCAUGCUGGAGGCGGUCGACCUGCUCUGUGCACUGAAGAACUACGGCGUGGAGUCGGAAAACCUGAAAACGCUGGUGGGCAAGAUGAGGCUGGCCUACCAAAACCUGAGCGGCGCCGUGUCGCAGCGCCGUAAGAACCCGACCUACCAGAGCAACAGCGCCCACCGGCCCUCCAACGACUUCCUCACCGCCGUGGUGGAGCUCAUCGCCGCAGCCAAGAGUCUGCUGUCCUGGAUGGACAGGACUCCCAUGACGAACGCGAGUGACUUCAUGUCCACCAAAAGCACCAUCAUUCAACUGUGUCUGGAGCUCACCUCCACCGUCCAGAAGGACUUCACUGUUUAUCAGAUGGAGGAGAAGAGUCUAGAAGUGUCUCAAGCUCUGAACAGCCUGUGCGAGAAGACAGCCCGGGUGACCUCCGACCCGUCCAAGAGUGAAGUGUCGUGUGUGGAGGAGGUUCACAUCCCCAACAUCAAGCCCGGAGAAGGCCUGGGCAUCUACAUCAAGUCCACCUACGACGGCCUUCACGUCGUCACAGGAACCACAGAAAACUCCCCCGCAGAUAAGACCAAGAGGAUCCACGCCGGAGACGAGGUGAUCCGAGUCAACGAGCAGACGGUGGUGGGUUGGCAGCUGAAGCACCUGGUGGCCAAGUUGAGGGCGGAGUCAGGAAGCGUGCGUCUGGUGCUGAAGAAGAGGCCGUCGGGAACGACCGCCGCUUUUGCUCCGCCGCCGCUCAAGAACAUGCGUUGGAGACCCUCCCUCGUUCAGGCAUCAUCAGGCCUCCCCAGAUGGCGUCAUCCUUCGGACACCGCUGCACAUGGCAACAAGGCGGCCAUUUUGGAUCUGUACAUCCCUCCUCCUCCCGGUGCCCCAUAUUCGCCUUUUGAGGCGAGUGAGAGCGUGAAGGCAAGGCCCAGGUCUCCCAACUCGUCUCUGGAUGCCGAUGUGUGCGCCGCCAGUCGCGGUGGAGCCACCAGAAUCGGCGCCAACAAUGCUCCGCAAGUCCAGCUGCCCAUCCCGGUCCCAGUUCCGGUCCCGGUCCCUGUCCGACUCCGACAGCGUCCCAGUGUACGCGGUAAACCUCGUCCCGUGUCCAUGCCGGCUGAGGUUCUCUCAGGCGUGUCUUGCCAGCGUGGGACUCCAGGAUGGAAAGGAGGCAGACGUCUUCACCGCUACCUGAGCAACGAGGGCAUCAGCAGCAUCACCGAGGAGGACGAGGAGCAGCGCUUCCCGCUGCCGUACCGUCGACACCCGGCGGUUCGUGGGGUGGACCACAUCCGAGGCAGCCAGUGCUUCAUCAGCGCCAACCUGCACAACAGCUCCACCAUCCCCUACCAGGAAGUCGCGUCCAAGAAAACCGCCUCCGCUAAGGCCGGCGGGACCGCGGAGGCGGCCGCCGCCGCUUCUCCGCCCGCCGGCAAACAGUCAACAUCGCUGCUUGGAGGUUGGCUGGCUCGCCUCAGGCUGCUCAGCCACUGACCGCAGGCUUUGAUUGACAGCUCAAAGGCAUCAGUUUGAGGCUUUAAGUCUUUUGUGAAGCACAAGUGAGCCUCACAACCUCAAGACUUCAAGUCAUCACUGAAGUGCUUUCGAAAUACAUUAACCCUCCGUUAUCCGCACGGGACAGUGACAGAAUCUUGCCACAAAUAGCCGAAUAUCCCCGAAAAGGUUUCUAAUUCCCUAUAGAUGCCACAAGAUGGCGGCAAAGCACUACUUUUGUCGAAAUGAAACUCCUCAACUCACUACCACCUAGGUAGUUCUUGGCACCAAAAUGGCAGCGAUGCACUAGUUUUAUUUAAAUGAAGCUCAUCAAUUCACUAAUGCAUAGUUCCUUGGCACCAAGAAAACACCAAAGUAAUACUUUUAUUGCUUGGGCCUGCCUGAGCAAAAAAACAGCGAAUAAGUAAGGUUUUUUUAAAUAUUGAAGGCUAUGUUGCCCCAAAAAGAUCUGAACGCCUUCACUGCAGUUCGUUGGCGCCAUCUCGUAGCGUGUUGGUGCCACGGAGCUAUGUUGUCGUGAGUUGAGGGGCUUCAUGUAGUGAGUUGCUGCCAUCUUGUGGCAUCUCUAGGCAAUUAGAAACCUUUUUAGGGAGGGGUCAAACGCUUGAAAAAAGGGGUUCAGUGCCUAUCCCCACCUAUUUUAAUUUUAAAUUUUUUAUUUUUUUUUUAAACAAUUCCUCAAUUACCCACUGAAAACUCACCUGGUCACUGUUUUGGUGCUGUCUGAAAUGCCCUAAGAUUGCACAAGAUGGCGCCUAAAGCCCUGUCUUGGUUUUCGAUUUACACGGCAGGGUGCUGUCCCAACUGUACUUUUAUCAUAUAUAUAUCACGGAACUUUGAAAGUAGCAAAUGUGUAUUUUAAUAAGAAAACCUGAGACCUUUCCUAAUAUGUAUAUAUAUAUAUAUACUGUUUUACUGUACGUUUUGUCACAUUGUUACUCAGGACAAAGUUUAUAUGCACGAAUGAACAGUUCACAAACGUCACAAAACACUAGGGAUUGCGCAAUUUGAACAUUUUUAAAAUCGACACUAAUGUGAUGAAAAUCACUGUCGACUGGUCGCCAAUGACAUUGCGGAGGAGUAAUGUUGACUAGUCGACGAGUCUUCAACCGCCGCUCUGUUAACUUGUUUCUGUUCGAAAACGUGCAAUAACUGACAAUACACUGGUGCGUGUAUCUUUCUUUUGUUACUUUUACUGUUGACGUCAUCACGGUAUCCUUUGUACAUUUUUGUUGUGUGACUCCUGUAACGUGUGCAAAAUAUUGUCAAUAAAACCAACUUUACAUUUAAA